AUGCCACCGCAUCUCCAUCCCCGCUCGACAGCCACGUCCACCCUCUUCGCCGGCACGCUCCUCGCCUCCUUCAUCGUCGUCGGCAUCCCACAUGUCUUCCCGUGCCCGCGCCCGCGGACAGGCUACGCAGCCGACGCAGGCCGAGUAGAGUUCGACGAGGAUGGCAAGCCCAUUAGGAGAAAGACCAGCUCGAAAGCGCCUGACGCGUCGGGUUCCGGUGCGUCUGACGGUGAGCUAGAGGCUCGGAAAGCGACGCGGCAGCAGCAGCAACAACGAGCCCGAGUUCCGCAGAAAGCUCUGAGCCAGGCAAAAGACCUGGAGGAAGAAGCAGCCCUGUUUCGAGAGUUGGCUGCCGAGGCUGAGAUGCUGGAGAAACAGGCCAAGUUGGCGAGGGAGUGUCCGGUGCCGAAACCCAGGGGCUGGGUGGGACGUAUACUGGGCUUCGAAGAUCAGCGGGCAGCCGGGGUCAGCGGAGGAAGUGACAAAGGGUGA